GUGCGAUACAGAGAGGGAGAGAGAGGACUGCCGUUGAGAUUGGACUCUAUCACGUCUUCAUUAUUAGUCUAAAAUGCUUUAGUACCUUAUUAGCGCAAGCUGCCAUUCAUCCGUGCUGUCAGUCAGAGAUCAAUCACGGGAUACGUUAAGUUCAGGUCUAGAAAGCAAGAGGCACAAUUGAAGGCCCAAGAUGCCCGAGCAGAGCAACGACUACCGUGUGGUGGUGUUUGGAGCAGGGGGUGUGGGGAAGAGCUCACUGGUGCUCCGUUUUGUGAAAGGUACUUUCCGGGACACCUACAUCCCAACGGUGGAGGACACGUACCGGCAGGUGAUCAGCUGUGACAAGAGCGUCUGCACCCUUCAGAUCACAGACACAACCGGCAGCCACCAGUUUCCUGCCAUGCAGCGUCUGUCCAUCUCCAAGGGUCACGCAUUCAUCCUGGUCUACUCCAUCACUAGUAAGCAAUCCCUUGAAGAAUUAAAGCCCAUAUACCAGCAGAUUCUCGCUAUCAAAGGCAACGUAGAGAACAUCCCCAUCAUGCUCGUGGGAAACAAGAGCGAUGAGACCCAACGGGAAGUGAAGACUGAAGAUGGAGAGGCCCAGUCCAAAAUCUGGAAGUGCGCUUUCAUGGAGACCUCAGCUAAGACUAAUCACAACGUCACUGAGCUUUUCCAGGAGCUUCUCAACUUGGAGAAGAAGAGGAACAUGAGUUUAAACAUCGAUGGGAAGCGUUCUGGGAAGCAAAGCAGGGCUGACAAGCUGAAGGGGAAAUGCAGCAUCAUGUAGAGUGCUUGUUAGAGCCAGAACCGGGACAUGGUGAGAUAAAGCGGAGAUAUAGAGUGAUAAAAUAACAAAGGAAAUGAACUGAGGAGGGAAAAUGGAGAAUGGAGAUGGUGUUAUUUGACAUUUCAUGCUUAUUUCCGAUAACAAGGAUUUUACUCUGACAUCUCAGAUUUCAUCCCUCACCAUCAGUCUUUGGCCUUAACAAGCACUGGCCUGUUCAUAUUGCCUUGUCUGUUUCUAUUACAGAGCAUCGCCACCAUCUCUCACAUCUGAGAAACAUUCAGACAGCAAUCGGUUGCUAAACAGCCCUGAGUUCACGAUGCAAAUAUUUUUAUUAAAUGGUUGCAACUGUAUAGCUAAAGCAAAGUCAGGCUUUAUAUCAGCCAUGAGAUGUUAUCCAAACUUAAGACUUUGCAUAAUGACAACUAAACUUUUGUUUUAUAUAUUUAUUCAAACGUUGAGGAAGGAGUGUCAGUAUGAGAUUAUAUGACUAUAUAGUCAAACCACCCUUUAAUACUCUGUUACAGGUUGUGUAGAAUCCACUUUUUGUUAUCUUCAUAACAUUUUGAUGAUUACUUUUGCAUGUUCUCAUAUCUUAAAGCAGUCUGUCAUUAAUUACUCACCCUCAUGGUGUUCCAAACCUGCAAGCCUUUGUUCAUCUGCAAAACACAAAUUAAGAUAUUUUUGAAGAAACCCGAGAGCUUUCUAACCCUGCAUAGACAGCAACACAACUGACACAUUCAAGGCCCAGAAAGAAAGUAAGGACAUGGUUAAAAUAGUCCAUGUGACACCAGUGGUUCAACCGUAAUUUUAUGAAGCUACAAGAAAACUUUUUGUGUUUUGAAGAUGAACAAAGGUCUUACAAGUUUGGAAUGAUGUGAGGGUGAGUAAUUAAUGACAGAAUUUUCAUUUUUGGGUAGACUUUCCAUUUAAAUAAUACUAACCAAUAUUUACGACAAUCAUUUUGUUAAACAUUAGCAAAAUGCCAUAUAACUUUAUGCUUUUUAAAAUUACCUGCUGUCACAUCAAGACAGAUUAAAAAUCUGAAAGCAUACAGACACUUCAUAUUUCAUGCAGAUGCACACAUGCUUAUGUAAAGCAGCAAGCACUCAUCAUCAUCUCUGGUAUUCAGCUUAAAAUUGAGACACUUCUGGCCUCCCUAGUAAUUUGGAGUGAGCCAGAAUCUCCAUCUUCUUUUUUUAUGUUUCUCAAGAUGAACUGCUCAUAUUUUCAAUAAAUAUAAUGGAGACAAUAACAAAUGUAGCCCUCUCAAAGUCAAUCAGGAAAUGAAUGCAUUUGCAGGAGGUGCACUGCAUUUUGGCAGCAAAAACUAAAACACAAGAAGGUCUUCUCCCCCUAUUCAUCAGAAACUAAUGUGAACAUUGAAGAAUAGAUAUAAUAUGGCAACCUGAAGUUAUGAGAGUUAAAAAGCUAUUAACAUUCUGAAUCUGAUUUUUAUUUGCAUCACAAAACCAGACUUCACAGAAGUUUUGGGGUUGAAACAAAUUCAGUUUUUGUGUCCUUACCGGCCCUUGAAUGCCUCCAACCUGUUUCAGUUUUGUUAAGAGAAAGCAAUCACACUGCAAAUCAGCCUUUGACAAAAGAAAUCUCGUUUCAAACGGCCUUGAUUGUAUAGCAUUAUAUUUUUAUUUAACCAGCUGAUUGCCUUUGUACACUGAUGUGAGAAAGAGUCCUUUUAAUAUGUUUUCAGAUUAUGCAUUACAGAUCUGAAUAGAUGCAGACAACAUUAUUUAUCCAUGUUGUGCUGGUUUGCUUAGCCUACUUUACUAUGUAAAAAGCUAGUCUUUGAACAGGGUACACCAGAAGUGAGUGGAAAAAGAGCUUUACAGAACAAAAUUUCAGAAAACUAAAACAAAAUAGCAAUUUUACUGAUAGAAAUUCAUGUGGUUUAUUUUGUUAGACUUGUAAGUCAACGUAUUAAAAAUAAGUAUAUCAAAUAGGGCUGAGUAAAAAUAUUGGAUUCUCUGUUUUAAUCGAUUAUCAUUUUGACAAUUCGAUAUCGAUUCUUAAAUCCCAAGAACCAAACAGUCUAGCCUGUUUUCAUUUAAUGAAGUUUUUAUGACAGCCACCAUUUAAAUGUUUAUAUUUCAAAAAACGAACUGGAGUAGAAAUAUAGGCUAAUUAUGUAACUGUAACUUUAUUAGCCUAUAAAAACUUCACUGAGUGUAUAAGCGUUUCUAUACAAAUCAGUUAAUUUUAACAUUAUAAUAAUGUAGUACCAACAGACUAUGUAUAUUUUACAGCAUUAGAUGAAAGAUUUUUUUUUACCUUGAGAAAAUUUGGCAUGUACUGUACUUGAUAUAUCCAAAAUAAUCAAUGUUGAAUCGAAUCGUGAGCUUUGUGUCAAAACCCAGCCUUAAUAAUAAACAUUCAGAACAUUUCGCCUGAGUAAAACCAUACAUUUCAUCUCAGCGCAGGUAGAAAAAUAGGAUUAUAAAUAUGUAGAUGAGUAUUAUAUCCCACCCCCUGUAUACAGUAACUCUAAAUAUAUACUAAUGAAAUACUGUGACAAGCAUUGCAAUAGAACAGAAAACAAUAACAUCAGUCAUAUAUAAUUUCCGGUUCGCUGUCAGUUCAUAUUAUGACUCAGCCUGUUGCCUCUGAUUGAUGUAUAUGAUGAAUAUUUUAAUAUGAGUUCCCUGGAAGCCCCACCAACACAUUCAUCCCCUUAAAAUGGUGCUAUAAUUUACCACCUCCCUACUGGUGACAGUAGUUCUGCUCUGCAUGGUUGAUGCAGUCAUAUCAUAAUAAGAAUCCCCUCUUUUAUCACUCUGCAGAGUUUUGCUGAUUUAUGGCUUUGUAAUUUUCCAAAUUCGGAACCACGCCUCAUCCAUCUAUCCGCAUCCGUUAUACCUGAAUCUACGUGUCCAAUCUCUAUAAAGCCCACUCAGCUGGCGUAUGAGUCACACUGCUGAUACCAUCAGAAGCACUGCAAGCUGCACGGGAGGGAAACUGCAGAGCGUCUUGCAUUUUACAUGCACGGGAAGUCUGCGCUCUCUGAAGAGUGUCGACUACCUGUGAUCCUUUCGGUUGGCUUGACAACAUGGACUUGCCUCCGCAAUGCCAAUGCCCACCAGUUCUGUGUAUAGAAGCAUUUUUGAACCCAUGUCAUGCACAUUUUAUUGUAAAUAUUGUAAAUUGUAUGUAAAGAAUAUGACACUGUAUAGAAAUCAUCACUGACUCUCGUUGGAUGAACCGACAGAUCAUCCCAACAGACAUGGACACAAUUCCUUCAGCUCGUCAAUCACAAUUGUGUUUGGUUGGAAUCCCAGGGGACUUUUCUGUACAUCUGCAUUUUUCAGUUGGUAUCUUAAAUCUGGUUUACACAGUGAGCACUUUAAAUGCCUAAGGGUAAUGGAAUGUACUGUGAAACGUAUGUAAAUGAUGACCUCUAUUUCAUAAUUCACUAAUUCAAACUACGCAUGGUCCCACUUGAUGUUUAGCCAGCAUGAGGGCAAGCAACAAAACUGUGAAGUGACUUUUCAACUCCUUUGCAUCUUAUUCUUUUCUUUUUUGUACACUAUUUUACAAAUGUUUUUCUUUCUUUUUUUUAAUUAAUAUUAUAGCUAUUAGCUACUACUGUGUAUGAUAUGUCCUCUAGCAAUAGUCUUCCUAAGACAUGGUAUGCUGUGCUAACGCAUCCCAAAUGAAGGAAAAUACUACGUACAUAUAGUAAUAUAUAUGUAUAGCUAUAUAUAUACACCUGCAAAUAUUCUCUAAGAAAUCUGCAAAUUGAUUUUCGUAAUAAAAACAAUUAA